CUCUCUUUUUUUCUUAUAUUCUAGUUAGAGAAGUGAACAUGGAGAACAACGAAACAUCAAUGGAUUCCAAAUCCAUUAAAAAUUUUGAAGUAAAGACCAUACAUGGAAGCAAAUCAAUGGACUCUGGAAUAUAUCUGGACAAUAGUUACAAAAUGGAUUAUCCUGAAAUGGGUGUGUGCAUAAUAAUUAAUAAUAAGAACUUUCAUAAAAGCACUGGAAUGACACCUCGCUCUGGCACUGAUGUCGAUGCAGCCAACCUCAGGGAGACAUUCAUGGGCCUGAAAUAUGAAGUCCGGAACAAGAAUGAUCUUACUCGUGAAGAAAUUGUGGAAUUGCUGAAAAAUGUUUCUAAAGAAGAUCACAGCAGGAGGAGCAGCUUCGUUUGUGUGAUUCUAAGCCAUGGAGAUGAAGGUGUAAUUUUUGGAACAAAUGGGCCUAUUGACCUGAAAAAACUAACUAGUUACUUCAGAGGGGACUAUUGCCGAAGUCUGACUGGAAAGCCCAAACUAUUCAUCAUCCAGGCCUGCCGCGGCACAGAGCUAGACUGUGGCAUUGAGACAGACAGCGGAACUGAAGAUGACAUGGCGUGUCAGAAGAUACCAGUGGAAGCCGACUUCCUUUACGCUUACUCCACAGCACCUGGUUACUACUCCUGGAGAAAUUCAAAGGAUGGGUCCUGGUUCAUCCAGUCACUGUGUGCCAUGCUGAAACUGUAUGCACACAAGCUUGAGUUUAUGCACAUUCUCACUCGAGUUAACCGGAAGGUAGCGACAGAAUUUGAGUCCUUCUCCCUUGACUCUACUUUUCAUGCAAAGAAACAGAUUCCAUGUAUUGUGUCCAUGCUCACAAAAGAACUGUACUUUUAUCACUAAGGAAAUAAUUGAGGGCUUUGUUUCUGUUUGUUCUUUGUUUUGAAUGCCAAUGAGGAAACGGUGUCAGGGAGACUUGAUUUCCCUCUCAUUUAAGUCAAAUCUGAUGUUUCAGAUGGUAUUACUGCCCUAGCAAUGCAACCACAAUGCAGCUACCUCAAGUUCAACAUCAGGUAGUUGAAACAAAAUUUACUUAGGAACAAAUAAAUGUCAAUGCUGGUACUAUCAUUAUAGAGGAAAUUAUAAAUUUAAUCUUUUUAUUAGCAAGAUUUGGUGAUACUAUACAUUUUGAAAUACUUACGAAGAAGUUAAAUUUUCAGGUGUAAAUUUAUACUCCCUACACACAUUAAGAAUGUCAUUCUAGCUUUUGUUAAACUAUAGAAAUGAUGGUGUCAAAUGAUAUGUCUUAGAACUUGAAUCCAUGGGCAGAGUCAAAGGCUUAACCCUUUAUUUUGAAAGUGAUGUAUGGAAAUGAAGUGUUGGACCACCAGUAGUAUUCAUAAUAGCUACUACUGGCUUUGUGAUGUUUGCCCUAAGCAUGUAUUUGUUGUUUUAAAAAAAUCAUGUUUUAUGAUUGAAAACACUUGAGUAUUUAUAUGGGAGGAAAACAUGUGCGAAAUUGGUUGACUCUUUGAAGGCUACAAUACAUCAGUAGUAGACAUGAUGGCAAGGUGCUAAAUCUACCAGCAUUUGUUUCUUACUUAUACAAAUCAGCUUAGUUUUACAGACCAGCAAAAUAUCUAAAGGAUGGUUAUGUCACAGCCUCAAAUUGUUGGUUAUUAGAAUGAAAUAAAGAAAUUAUGUAGGAACAAACUAAAACACCAGCUGUAAAAUAGAAUGUGUGUGGUGGGGGGGGAUGAAUCUACUAUAAUUGGAGAGAUGUGGCAGAGUCAUGGGCACAGCUCCAGAAAGGACUACCAGCUGGACCAACCUCAUGAGUUAUCGUUUGUGUGGAGGAUGUCCCCAAGGUCCAAGUCUUCAUGUGAGAAAGUGAGCCAGAUCAGAAACUUCUGAAAAGGGGCUUUCCCAAAGUGGAGAGAGUUGUCUUCAGAAAGAUCCCUGAACUCCAUGUCCAGAGUCUGUAAGCAUGCUGACUUUUCUGUUGAAGUUUACAAUAAAAGAAAAGCAACAGUGAUAUUUGCAUUGUCACCAGAGAUUAAGGACCGUGGCACACAGGAUUUGGGGAACAUGCAAUCACAGGCCCUGCAGCCCACGUGGGAAGCUGCACAAUGGAGUUCAGCCCCAUCAGAGAGGCUGUGCUCCAGGCUUCCUGGAGGUGUUGAGCCAAUGCUGGCUGUCCUGAUGUGUCCCUCAUUUCACGGAAGCUUCCUUUUUCUCAGAGAAAGGAAGGAACUCACAUUUAUAACUGGUAGAUUCUUGUUUUAGACUGGAUCUAUUAACUCUUAAGUAAAUGUAGCAUGUGGUGGUAUUUUAAAGUGUGUUCCCAUAUGUCAAUUUUAUAAGAGUUUGUUGCAUUUUUAUUUCAAAACAUAAAUUCAGAUUUAAAAU